AUGGUGUUCCGAGAACCAGUACGUCAUGUCUUAGAGAAGAUCAAGAAUGAGCUAUACUUCAAAUGGUCAAACAAGAUGGGAGGAGACCCCAUAAGGCGUAACCAAAGCCUACAUUGGUUAGGGGCUCAGGGGAAUGCUUCUUUAAGACCCCCUUUAGGCACCAUCAAUGUCAUCAUUGCGGCUCCAGGGAGAACCAGCUCUCGCCCCUCCAGUAUGAUGUCUGUAGCCCGACUACCUGCCAAGGACUCAAAACCUAAGCCAAAGGGGGUCAGGGUGGAGAACCGCCCGGCAAUGAGUUUCUUUGAGGAGGAUAAGGAGCCAUUAUCUUGGAGGGUACACAUUGAUGGUGCAGCAAAUCAAAGGGGAUUCGGAGUAGGGUUAGUUCUAAUAUCUCCUGAGAAAAUCACUAUUGAGAAAUCCAUGAGAUUGGGUUUCUCAGCCACCAACAACGAGGCUGAAUAUGAGGCUCUACUGGUGGGGAUGGCCAUGGUUCAAAAAAUAGGCGGAAAGACAGUAAAGAUAUUCUCAAAUUCAAGGUUGGUUGUAGGGCAAGUGAGAAGGGAGUUAGAAGCCAGGGACGUGAGGAUGCAAGAAUAUUUGAAUCAGGUCAGGCACCUGCAGUCUAGAUUUGAGUCUUUCAGCUUGUUGCAUAUCCGUAGGGGUGAAAACACGCAUGCUGACUCUCUGACCACUCUUGCAACUUCCUCGACAUAA